GAGCUCGAAGCCGCCUUGGACGAAGCGAACACCCGCUGCCACUCGAUGCAGCUCGAGUUUGCCCAGUUCCAGCAAGACGUCCAGGAGCUCCAGGCGCAAUACGCAAAAGUCUCGGAGGUGCACCAGCGCGUGCUCUGGGAGUAUCUCCCUGCGCACGAUCCGUCCAUGACCAACAUCCCGAGUAUCUCGUACAGCGUUGAAGAAAGCGUCCGCACCAUUGGCAAGUAUUCGAUCCAAGCGACGAUCGGCGAGGGCCAGUACGCGUCCGUGUUUGCGUGUUGCGUGCGGCCAGACGACGAGCCGUCGUUCACACCGUCGCCACCGCUCGCUGUCAAGGUCAUCGAGAAGGCCAAGCUCUUGGAUGUGCUUGCGCUCCAGCGCAUCCAGAUGGAAAUCGCGGCGCUCUCAGACCCGCUGCUGCGGCACCCGAGCGUCCUCUUCUUGCGCGACGUCAUCCACACACCAAAGUACAUGUACUUGGUGACGGACCGCGGCGGCAAAGACCUUUUCGAGUACUUUGGCGCGCAUGAAAACGGCAUCUCGGAGGCGACAGCGAGCCACCUCAUGUUCAAGAUCGUGGACGCAAUCCGGCACUUGCACACGCACGGGUACUGCCACCGCGACCUCAAGCCCGAAAACAUUUUGUUUGCGCCCGAGUCGGCCAGCGUCAAGAUUGUCGACUUUGGCUUGUGCUCCCGCGUCGCCCGAGGAAGGAAGACGCUCUUGAGCGACUUUUGCGGAAGCCCCGGGUUCUUUGCUCCCGAGAUUCUCCUCGCUGAGGCGUACGAUGGGUUCAAGGCCGAUGUGUGGAGCCUCGGCUGCAUUCUGCUUGAGGUAUUGUACAUAUCCGUUCUUUCCAGCAAUCACGAACU